AUGGUCACACAACGUUGCGAAUGGGGGGUAGCUGAUACAAAUGCUCUAUUACUCCUAUGGGCAGACGAAGAAAUACAAUCACGUUUUUCAACUUCAAGACGUGAAGUGUACGAAUUAAUUGUUGAAAGACUUCGAGACGAACAUGGCAUUGAACGUGAUGUUAAAAAUGUUCGAAUUAAAUUAAACAACAUGAUACAAGCCUAUAGAAAAUAUAUGGAAAAACCAAAUGGUCCAAUCUCGAAUAAUGUACAUUUUCAGCUCGUAGAAAAGGGGCUAUUGAGGAAUAAAGAACGAAAACAACGACGAAAACAAAAACAAAGUAAAAAUCGUCGCAGGUGUUUAACGGAUGUAUUAAGUAAUUUCUUUAUUCUAGAUACGCCAAUAAAUUAUUCUUAUCCUCCGAAUACCAGUCUAGUCGCUCAAUCCACACUAUCCACUUAUCAAACAAAUGGAAUUGAUCAUGAUAACGAUCAAAAUUCCUAUUAUGACGACGACGACGUUGACCAAGAAGAAGAACAACAGCAAUUUAAUACUGAUGACCAAAAAGAAGAAGAAUCUGAAAAUGAAGCUUCGAGUUUGCAUAAAACGUCACCUUCCACUAUGGCAUGUAACGGUAUGAAAGUUAUAUCAAACAAUCAUCAACAACCGUCGCAGAUUUAUAAACGAUUUAAAAAGUCCGAUGAUUGUGCAAACUCCCCUACCACAACUACUUUAUUAACAAAAGCCAUUGAACAGUUAACAUCGGUAGCAACACAUCUGAUCGAUCAAGAUCGUUACAAAGCGAAACAAUUUGAUUUCUAUUCAGAACUAACAAAAACAAUUAAUAAACAAAACAUAUUAUUAGAACAAAUUUUAUUUCGGUUAAAUCAGUAUCAACAACCUCCAGUAAAUAAUACCAAACAACAAGACAGUGAGAUAGAAGAUGAAGAAGACGAUGAAUGA